CAACGUUGUAUCCUGUGGAUCCCCGAAGUGCGUCGCGAUUUUGGUACAUGUCGUUUCGAAGGACAGCCAACCGUGGGGAGCGAAACACGUGUCAACCUUGUGAUAUCUACUACAUCACUAAGAGUCAAGUUUGUAAAGUAUAAAUUGGAGUUCGAUACGCCUGCGCUGCAUCAACCCAUCCAUGGCGGUCUCACCCUUCUUCAGAGAACAGCAGUGUGGUAGCUCAAACUAGCUCAAGCUCGAUGAAUCCAUUACCCUCAUAAUAUGGAAGUUCAUUUUCCCAGCCAGGACCAUUUGAAAACUAAGAAACUGAGUCUGUAUAAAGAAAAGAAGAAUGCGUUGCUCUGGCAAAAGGGUUUUGCUCUGGCUCUUGCCAGCACUGCUUCUCAUUCUGGUGGGACGCCUUCUAGUGGGUCGUGGUCACAGCCAACCAAUUCCAGUAUUACUCAAUGACGUCCUUACGCCAAAGAGUUACUCCAGUUCUCAACGACAUUCUCAGCGUAUGCAAACUGCAGCACCUGCGUUCACAGCAGGCAUGUACAUGGCGGGUCUGCAACCCAGGAACAGUUCUUGCAGAUGGUACCAUGGUCUACCCGAUGUUAUAUCGUAUCCGGCAUCCAAAGUCACCUGGAGCCCGGAAAUCGGUGAGAAGAGCCCCUACAGAGUCCUACCGUUUGUAUUAGUCGGAACCGAGGAGAGGAACAAGCUGCCCGAGGUGACCCUCUGCACGCACGCUACCGCAGAUCAUGUCUAUGGAAUCGUGGAGUUGGUCAGGAGAUGGGAGGGCCCGUUGAGUCUGGCCAUUUUUACACCUGGCCUCGAUGCUGGCACCGCCGUUGCUCUCCUCGAUCGGGCCUGUCGAUGCGAACCCGAAAUGUACAAGGUUUCUGUCCAUCUGGUGUUUCCAAGAGGUCACCCACCCACUUUGAGGCAAGUCAAUCAGAUCCAGGGUGACUGUGCUGCAUCCGAUCUCCAAAGAGGAGAUGCAGAAACAGAAAGGAAGCAGAGGAGUAUGACAUAUCCUAUCAACGUGGUUAGAAAUGUGGCCAGGACACAGGCGAACACCAUGCGUGUUCUAGUGACAGACAUUGAACUCUUGCCCAGCAAAAAACUGGCAUCUGGUUUCAUGGAAAUGGUUCGUGGUAGACCACCAAAGACAGGAAUCGUCUUUGUGCUGCCAGUUUUUGAGGUGGAAGCCAACAAGCAGCCACCUUCGACAAAGAAACAGCUGCUCUUGGCAACGAAAGCUGGUACAGCUGUAUAUUUCCAUAGGUUCCUCUGCUCGCAUUGCCAAAGAUUCCCUGGUCUGACCAGGUGGAUGAUUAGGCCAGAUCCAGGCAAAGUCAAGCCACUUAUUUUUACUAAAAGAGAAUAUCCGCACCAUAGGUGGGAACCAAUUUUUAUUGGGACACGGGAUGAUCCCUUGUACACAGAAGAUAUGUCUUGGGAAGGCAGGCAAGAUAAAAUGUGUCAGAUGUUUGAGAUGUGUCUUUUGAACUAUCGGCUGGUUAUACUCGAUGGUGCCUUUUUAGUCCAUACGCCAGGAAUUAAGCGAAAGAAAAUGAAGGUUGACACAGCGAAACAGGAAUUGUUGAAAUCCCACGAGAAAAGAAAUGCUAAGAUCUAUCAACGUGUAGUUAAGCGCUUGUUGAAGCAAUAUCCUGUUAAUCGCAAAUGUGCACAAUGAUAUCAGAUUCUACUAAUCGGUGUUCAAUCAAAAUUGCUAUAAUACGAGAUGUAAAAUACAUUUUUAAUAACUAAAUGUUCUCAUUCUCGGAUGAAAGUUUUCUAAUGCACCGAAAAUAAAUUGAAAACAUAAGAAACGAAUGUAAAAUUAAGACAUAUAAUUAUUUACACAUAGAAUAUAACGAUAGUAUAAAUAUUAAUAAACACAGCAUACGAAUGAGAACUGUUGAACAAUUGUUUCUACUGAAUGGCUAAUGUAUACAUGAAAGAGAUAUAAAUAACUAAAUGCACAUAUUAGAAUAUUAUAUGUAUUAAUUUAGAAAUGAAAAUCAGAAGUUAUAAACAGUUACAAAAUUGUUGUAUAAUAACUGGAAUAGCUUUUCAAAUGUUUAAACUGUUAAUACUAAACGUCUUGUGACAACAAAUGACUAAACACAGAUGAGAACAAAUACAGCAAAGAACGGACAUUUUAUCAUCUUACUUGUUUCUACGUACACACAUAUACUUUUUAGCUUAUCAAUUAUUAUUACAAGUUAUACUUAAGAGUUACAUGUAAACAUAUGAGAUUACAAAAAGAAAAAAACUACUGAUUUUAUACUUUCACACUCGCAUAAAUGUUUUGGUUUACCAAUGUUUCAAAGAUUGUUCUUAAAUGUUUGUCAUGGGUCAUAUUUGAUACUCGGUUGCUUCAAAAUGUGAAUUUUAUUUAUUUUUAUUUAGUGUCUUUAUUAUAGUAUACUAGAAUAGGAUGUGAAGGAGAAAAAGAAGGGGUAUCCCAAAUUAUUUUAUCCUUCAUUACAGGCAAAGUAACUGAGCGACAAACUGAAAAUUGCUGAUCCUAAUAAUAAACUAACCUUAAAAUUA